GACAGCCAGAGACAGUAGACUCAGGAAGAACAUUCAGGUCUGUUUUCAAAAUCUUUGAAAGGGAUGAAAAGAAGGGGGAGUUAAAGAAGAAAGAAAGAAAGGAAAAAGAAAGCAGGGUACACGAGGAGCAGGAGAGAUGAUAGUAAGGUGGACUCAGUAACUUAUGACUCCUGAGGGCUGUGGAGAUUUUUUUUUUUACUUAAGAACAGGAGCGCUUUAUUUUUCUUUUAAAUCAGCACGAAUGGGUUUCAACAUGUAGACACUCUGCAGGCUUCUGUGUAAAUAUUUCCCUGCUAGAAUUUAACUAUUUAACCUGCACAUCAGCAGAGACAAGGCUUCACGUUUUUCUUUUUGUUUUUUGGAGAUAACUGAGGGAUGCGCUUGAGACAAACAUGCAGAGCAGACAGUUCUGACAUGGUGUCGACCCAAAUUGACAGAGAAGAGGAAAGAGUGGACUGUUCAGAUGCAGACACGUCUCCUACCAGGCACAGGUAUUCGCUACUCGAUAUUAAGGUCAGUCAAGAUGUCGAUCCAUGCUAACUGAAACUAUCAAUAAUGUAUCGUGAUGUCGCAUCUCUAAGCCCUCUUGAAGUGCUAACUAAUCUUUCGAUUCAAUUAGAGUAUCUGCUGCCUCAGUGAUUCACCCUUCUCACUUUGUGAAAUCAGCAGUGGCAAGUUGUGAUUUGCUUUGUCAGAAUAUAACUGUGUAACAUGCAAAGCAAUACCUUGAAUCUCAGCUAGGAUGUAAAUAAUUACUCAGCAGUUUAGCCAUCAUUAUAAGUAAAGACUCUGUAAAUAAUAACUCACAGAUGUAAACCUGUUAACUAUGAUAUGGAAAUAUAUGCGUCAUUAAUUGUUCUGGAUCCCGGAGCAACAGAUGAACAGAAAGCCAUACAACAAACUACAAAAACUACAAAAAGCCAUAACCGACUGGGACAAUAAUUCUCGCUGUUUUUACUGCUCUUAGUAUCGACUAGUAACCUGUGCUUCUGUUGUCGGCGUGUCAGUCAGACUCUUGGUGGUUUGUCAGUAAAAACAGAAAAGAAAAAAAAAACAAACCAUGAUGUGUAGGCUUUCUCUAAAGAGAAACUGCAGGAACGACAAGGAGGAGACAGACAUUUUCCCUGUCAGAGACUGAAAAGAGGAGCACUGGGCCAGCGGCAGACUACUGUGGCUGUGAACAGACACACAAGUGCUUCCUAGAUCAAAGCAAGGAAGGAGCUGUCCUGCUGUCAGAUUUACAAGAAGAGACAAAGACAGAAAGCAAGUAAGCAGUGGAGCUGCGACGUCAGCUGAUUAUUGAUUGUUUCUAAAACUGAGUGCUUUACCCACCUGGACAAUAUAGACUCAGCUUGCAUCAAAGGGGGAAACCAACAAUAGCCUCUACCACAGUAAAAGGAGGAGGGGGAGUGACCAGUAGCCAGAGAGAGGCAGAGAGCAGGGAACCAGUUUCCUUUCUCUCCCUUCACCCGUGUCCUUGUCAGGCUGGCUGGUGCAGCCAUGGCGUUCACCUUUGCGGCCUUCUGCUACAUGCUCACCUUGGUGCUGUGUGCAGCUCUCAUCUUCUUUGUCAUAUGGCAGAUCAUUGCGUUUGAUGAGCUUCGCACAGACUUCAAAAACCCCAUCGAUCAGAGCAAUCCCACCAGAGCGAGAGAAAGGAUUCUCAACAUUGAAAGGAUCUGCAACCUGCUUCGCAGGUUGGUGGUACCAGAGUACUCCAUCCACGGUCUCUUCUGCCUGAUGUUCAUGUGUGCUGGAGAGUGGGUCACACUUGGCCUAAAUAUCCCGCUGCUCUUCUACCAUCUGUGGAGGUUUUUUCAUCGGCCCGCUGAUGGCUCAGAGGUCAUGUAUGAUCCUGUCAGCGUGAUGAACGCCGACAUUCUCAACUACUGUCAGAAAGAGUCCUGGUGUAAGCUGGGCUUUUAUCUUCUCUCAUUUUUCUAUUAUCUCUACAGUAUGGUCUACGCCUUGGUGAGCUUCUAACAAACAGGAGAGAUGAAGAAAUAAAAUAACUGUAAAAGAAAAAUUGGAGAACAAACGGAGACACAAACCUUUACUUUCUCCAUGUAUUCUGACCUUUCUGGCUUUGGGCUUUGGAAGUCUAACCUUGGACUAAGCACGAAGAACAAUUUGAGUGAAUGUGAAUUUUUUCGAAAAAGCCUCUUUUCGA